AUGGGCGAAGGAGGUUAUCGCCAGAUCAACAAAACCCUGAAUGUUUGCGCAUUCGAUGACUAUCUGGUCACCCAGCAUUCGCGAUUGCCCAAGUUGCUAGAUGUCGAACAACUCAGUCCACGGGUACUCCGUGUUCUCGGACAGAAUGCGGGAAAGUUCACACUCCAAGGAACAAACACAUAUAUCGUCGGUACCGGGCGGCAUCGACUCCUCAUUGACACGGCGCAAGGGUACCGCGAAUGGGCGGACUUGCUCGACGCAACGCUGCGCGAGCGAUCCAUCGCGCUGUCUCACGUCUUCCUGACCCACUGGCAUGGCGACCACACCGGGGGAGUGCCGGACUUGAUCCGGAUGUAUCCUGACCUGGCGGAUAGCAUCUACAAAAAUUCUCCGGAGCACGGCCAGCGGCCGAUCGAGGAUGGCCAAGUGUUCCGCGUCGAGGGCGCCACGAUCCGGGCGGUGCACGGGCCGGGCCACUCGCACGACCAUAUGUGCUUCAUACUCGAGGAGGAGAACGCCAUGUUUACGGGUGACAACGUGCUCGGGCACGGGACGAGUGCAGUCGAGCAGCUGGGCCUGUACAUGGAGACCCUGCGGAAGCUGCAGUCGCACGGGUGCACGGUGGGCUAUCCGGCCCACGGCGCCGUCAUCCCAGACCUGCCGGGCAAAAUCGCGGCAGAACUCGCGCAAAAGACGCGCCGCGAGAAGCAGUGCCUCAUGGCGCUGGACCGGAUCCGCAGCGAGGACCGGUCGGCCAGCGUGACGGUGAGCGAGCUGAUUGUCGCGAUUCACGGCGAGAACUUGGACGAAGAGGUGCGGAAGCUGGCGGUGGAGCCGUUCAUGGACGAGGUACUCCGGAAGUUGGCUGAGGACGGCAAAGUCGCGUUUCGUGUGCGGAAGGGGGUGAAGAAAUGGUUUGCGCUGAAUAAUACCAGAGGGCCUUGA